AUGAGAAGAAACUUCACCUCAGUGACUGAGUUCAUUCUCCUUGGACUGACUGAUCGCCUGGAACUGCAGAUUCUCCUCUUCCUGCUCUUUCUGGCCAUUUAUGUGGCCACAGUGGCAGGGAAUCUGGGCAUGAUUGUACUCAUCCAGGUCAAUGCCAGGCUCCACACGCCCAUGUACUUUUUCCUGAGCCACUUGUCCUUUGUGGAUCUGUGCUUCUCCUCCAACGUGACUCCAAAGAUGCUGGAGAUUUUCUUGUCAGAGAAGAAAACCAUUUCCUAUCCUGCUUGUCUGGUGCAGUGUUACCUUUUUAUAGCCUUGGUCCAUGUGGAGAUCUACAUCCUGGCUGUGAUGGCCUUUGACCGGUACAUGGCCAUCUGCAACCCUCUGCUUUAUGGCAUCAAAAUGUCCAAGAGCGUGUGCACAUCCCUCAUCACGGUGCCUUAUGUGUAUGGAGCACUCACUGGGCUGAUGGAGACCAUGUGGACCUACAGCCUCAUGUUCUGUGGCUCCAAUGAAAUCAAUCACUUCUACUGUGCUGACCCCCCUCUGAUUAAGCUGGCUUGCUCUGACACCACCAAAAAAGAAACAUCAAUGUUUGUUGUGGCUGGUUUCAACUUCACCUAUUCUCUCCUUAUCAUUCUUAUUUCUUAUGUGUACAUAUUUCCUGCCACGUUAAAGAUCUCCUCUUCAGAAGGAAGGCACAAAGCUUUCUCCACCUGUGGCUCCCACCUGACAGCUGUCACCAUAUUCUACUCAGCUCUUUUCUUCAUGUAUCUCAGACCCCCCUCAGAAGAGUCCGUGGAGCAGGGGAAAAUGGUGGCUGUGUUUUAUACUACGGUAAUCCCCAUGUUGAACCCCAUGAUCUACAGUCUUAGGAAUAAAGAUGUGAAAGAUGCUUUAAUCAAAGAACUGUUCAGAAGGAAGUUGCUUCCUAAAUAA